AUGGAAAACUCGGAAAAAACUCCCAGAACCACAAAAACUAAUGGUGAGAGAGGAUUUUUGGUGGUUGAAGGAUACGGAGGGCUGAGGGAAGACGAAAAGAGUUGAGAACAAGAUCGAGCCGCAAUUUUUUCGCCUCCGUCUUCAGCGCGCUGAAGAAAAAAAACGCGAUUUUUUAUUGAUUUUUCGCGGAUUUUACGAAAAAUUGUAAGUGGUCAGGUCAAUAUAAGGUCGAGUUUGGGGGUUUGGCGUGAGGGGCGUUCCGAAUUAUCGCGUGUGAAAUUAUUUUGGGGGCUACGUUUAUUCAAAAAAAGGUGUCCUUUGUUUUUUCCUCUUCUUGACAAGGUUUUGAGAUAUUUUCUUCUAAUAACAUGAGAACUUAAUUUAACAACUUUACUUCCGUCGUGUAGCUUUACUACAAAAGGCAUUCUAGGAUCAAUUCUAUUGUCUACGCUUAUUUUUUUGCCUUGGUCAGCAGCUGUAUUGCUAUGGGCCUGGUUUGAAUUAUGCUCCCCUUUGAAGUGGGCAUAACUUAUAUUAUAAUAUAAAAAGUCGGGGAGAGAUGGGAGAGUUUGUUGAGCAGGUGUUUUUAAACGGAAUAUGAUGAAUGGUCAGGUUUCAUCUUUUCAAAACCGAUUACAUUGGAACGCACGAGUAACUUAGCAACCAAACUUUAGUGACAGUUUUUACAAUCUUAAAAAGCCCCAAGUAACACUUGAUCUUUCAAGUUCUUGACUUGAAAAGAGGCUAGCUGACGGUCAAAGUUAUCAUAGAGAAGAAUUCCUACUAAAGGAAUAACGGAAACUGUUAUUUACAUUACUGAAUAUCCUCAAUUAGCGCUGCACAAAAAAACUUAUUCAGAUGCCCCUCUAUUGAUGACAGCCGUUUUCUUGAACAUCGAAAACAAGCUCUUGAACCAGUUAGUCUGCGCGUCGCGAGAAAAAUAACGGAACCAAACAUACGUUGGCUUUAGAACUCGGUUAUGAUGAGCGAAAUAAUAUUAUCUUUUAUCAAAUCAUUGAGUCAUUUGUCGCAGAAGAUUGCCGAAAGCUGUGUAGGAUAUUUGAAGGAAGAAAAGAGUACAGAAAACAGAGGGGAUAGGCUCGAACUGGAAAAGUCAUUACUUGUUUAGAAGAGCAAGGGUAAUGUAAUUUGUGAGUAGGGUCAUUGUGAGUCCGGUCGAGGCAUGUUUAUAGAAUUUUAAACAUGGCCUCAUAAAAUGUCCAGAGAUUUUGCAUUGCAAUGGCAGAGUAACGAUUAGUCGAAUUCCAAGUCUCCCCUGCUCGCGCGCCCCUCCUUUUCUCUCUUCACUCAUUUCCCCGUGCCGUUUUCACAGGGCCAAACCCAAAUGGCCACGUUGGAACCCAAAAGGAAAAGGGCCCGGCUUCAGUGCCGCUCUAUUUUGAUAAGGGAGAAGAGAGAAAACACGGGGAAACGUUCGGGGAGAGAAUAAUCUUGUAAACGGAUAAAUCUGGAGUGGAGAAUAAGAAAAAAGAGAGUAGUGGUGACGUCAGAUGAAUGUUAUUAUAAUUAAAACUAGCAAAAUAAUGGGAUAUCCGACUUCUUAAUUGCAGUGAAGGUUUUUGGUACAAGGCAACAUAAAAAGAAGCUAAAAUGCUUUUUGGGGCCUCCUUUCACUCUUCUAAAACAAAAUUUUUAAGUCCCUAAAUGCCAAUACAAAAUGGAUUAACAUUUUGGUAGUGCCGUUUUACAUCCGAGCGGAUUUCAAUGGUCGCAGCCUUAUUUCUCUCAAAAAUCCCCGAAAUUCCUUUAAAUUCGGAUGCCUACGGCCAUAUAUGGCCAACCGCACUGAUGCCGCUGGAAGGGAAAAAAGAAUGGCAGCCACUGCAGAAGCCAUUUGGCUCUUUUUGGCAAAGGAGAGAAAAAGACUCGGCCAAAUGCAAUCCGAAAAAAUUAAAAUAGGGACGUGGAUGUAAACGUCAUAAUGAUGACAUUUGGAGCAGAAAACACAAAUGGGAAUCUGAUGGCUAAAUUAAUUUGGAAUUGAUAAUUUGUUUACGCUUUGGCUUUAGGCGAUGUAACUGUUCCAGGAAAACAUUUGAGGCGCAAGAUUUGCUAUGUUUUUCAUGUAAAUAUAGAAAUCGGGAUGCACUAAGCCUUGCAUUACACUCGGCCGGAUGUAACGUCAUGCUGGUCACUUCCUUUGUUUGAUCUUCUACUCUUGAAAUCUUCACGAUCGUCUACAAAAGGUCCUCCUUGUCGUCUUGUUAGUCUUCGUUUGAGCGCAACCAUUUCUUAUUAGAAUUGUGAACAUUACAAGACUAUGUGGAGCUUGGCUAUCGAAGUGUUGUUUCCGGCGCUUUGCCAAUGUAAACAACACUCUCAGGUAUUUGAGAUAAAUAGAGGUCGGAAGGAGGCCUUUGAAGGAAGGAUUUGUGUGAAAGAUGAGUGCCGGUAGAUAGCGGUCUAAGAUUUUGAGACGGACGAUGGCUAAUUGUUUAGGUUUUUAGGGUUUAUCGUAUUUCAGAAGUCAUACAAGUUUGUUGGUUCGUUGUAAUUUGCGAAUCCAUAAUUUCUCCGCAUCUUCUCUUUACGAUCUACUUUACCAGUUAGUGUACAUUUCCUCGCCACGCACUUCUUCUGUAUAUUUUUCUUCGCUUUCCUUCCAUCUAAUUUGUGUUCGACCUUCAUUACCUGGAAAGAUCGUAGGAUCAAAGGAGAGUUUCAGCAGAACACUCCCUUUGCGCACUCUUCUCUCGUCCGUUUCCAAACCCGUUGGGCUCUGAAAUUUGAAUCGAAUUCGCUGAGGGGGAGAAUUGAAGGACUGGACAUGAACAUGAACUGUAUCGGUAUUGUUAUCGAAGAAACGAGGUGUUGGGCACAUUCUUCAAGGGGUUUUAUUUUAUUUGAAAUUUGCUUUAUUAAUAUUUUGGCAAACUUGAAAGUUUGUUUUCUCAUUCAUCAUGGAAUUGGAAGUUGUUUGCGUUUAUAUUUGUGUCAAUUCCGUCUGCGCUGCAUUUUACGCUCUGGCAUGCGCACCUCCUUGGGUUGAAUUAUCUUCAUUAGUUUGAGUUAGUCACACAUCUCUGCCAAUGACGAUUACUCAGAGUUUCCGCAAUAGCUACAGUAAUACCUUUGUUGAAUAGAGCCGUUUAAAAGAUCUCGCUGACUCAUUUCCUCGAAAACUUUAACAAAACCAUAAUACUUUUUCUACAGGCUGAUCCGCCAAUUACUUACAGCUUUGUACUUACUAGACCAAAAUAAUAAAGCUUUCGGGUUGAAAACACAUUGAGUGAUCUGAUUGAAUCGUCCCCGCGUUCAGUAGGUGUUCACCUCUGCUUUCUUUUUUGCAGAUGAAUUUUUUUUUGUAUUGGCUUGACGCGAGAACAAGAAAGGUGUUACUUAUUAGAGGUUAGAGAAUUAUUUUCAUUUGGGAAACGUUCCUUUCCGUUUGAUAUUGUAACAUUGUCUGGGACAUGUUUUAGUCAUCGUAUGAAAAACACGUUUGCUUUUUCGGCGUUAUUUUCUAAUUUGAAAAGUAAGGCUAUCAGACCAAAACUUCCAGGCCGGACCCAUGAAAAUCUGACGUCAUCACGGAUCAUUGCCGCUUAUUUCCAGCGAGGACGGUAUCGAAAAAAACACGUCGGGUUUCUUCACUUACUAACGGGAGCCCACGAAGAAAGAAAUCGACCAAGAUCAAAGAAGGAAGGGAGGGGGCAGAACGCCGCUGCUGAUGCGCCGCGGGGCGUUCGAAUCUUUUAUUUCAUGCGCGACGAUGAAAUGUGGCGACCGAUUGCCGUGGGGUCGUCGUCGAUGAGACGGGAUGAAGUUACGUCAGAUGCAGGAAGUAGAUGUUCUAAAUGUAAUCAGGAAGAGCAAUCUGACGUUGAGUUAGAGCUGGAGGUUCCAACUUCAAGUCGGAGUACGGAUGACGACAUUUAUGACGACCGUUCUGUUCAUCAUAGCCAUUUUCAAACGUGUGAUUGCCUUAAGAAUGAGAAUUUGGAUUUUACAAACUCGUUGGGGUCUUUUACAUAUCAUUCACCUCAUUGUACCCAUCUCAUAUCAAGACAAUCAAGAAGAUCGACCUGUACACGACCUCUAACGACCAUUUUAUUUAUCGUUGGUCUGACUUCCCUCUUCUUCGAGCCAACUUUUUCCGCUUUGCAAUCGCACAAACCGGCAAUCUCGUCACCUUUCAAAUCGUGUGACCAUUCAUGUUAUCCCGGAAGUUGUGAAAACGGAAAAUGUAUUUGUCCAUUAGGAUUGGCGGGGACAAGAUGUGAAUAUUGUUCUGGAAGGGUACAGUAAGUCAUUUUUCAUGUUAUUAGAGACCAUUUAGGUUGAAUAAUACCGAAGGGAAUAUCACUAGCAGCUUGGGCAAAUAUCCGCCCAGUGCAAAUUGUUUAUGGCUGAUCGAUGGUACUGUGAAUGGGUCAUUGCAUUUGGAGUUUCUCGAAUUCGAAACAGAAAAUUAUUGGGAUCAUUUGUACAUUUACGAUGGGAACUUCGCCGACGAUAAUCUAAUUGCUGCUCUCAGGUAGGCCAGUUUGACGAUUAAUUUUUCCUUUGUAAGAUUAAGUAUGAUUUUUGAAAGUAUAAUUUAUUUUUUAGCGGAAAACAGAAAGGCCGACAGCUGAUUGUGCCGUCCGGGAAAGCGAUUCUUUACUUUACCAGUGAUAUUGCUAUAAAUCAUCCCGGUUUCUCCAUUAGGUACAAGUAUAACACCUGUUUAUACAAUUGUUCCGGACAUGGAACUUGUGAUAGAGGGGUUUGCAAGUGUAAUGAUGGGCAUUCUGGACAAGCAUGCGAGCAGUCUUUUUGCCAUAAAAAUCACAAUCCUUGUUUAAACGGUGGAAGUUGUAUAGAUGGAGUUUGUUCUUGUCCUCCCAAUAGACAUGGUCAAUUUUGCCAGGUAACCGAACUUUAUAUUGUUGAUGUUUGGACUUUAGGCGAUAAAAACAGAGCCGGUAUGGGAUCGACUAGUCAUUACAGAGGCAAACAAAAACAUCUUCCAUCCACGAGCAUCUCAUACAGCGGUGAAUGUGGAUGGAGUCAUCUACAUAUGCGGGGGAUACACCUUUUCCAAACACGGCGUUGUUGAUCUUGUCAAAUUUGAUUCGAAGACCGAAAAGUAUACCGCUCUUAACCCUGAAGGAGAUAAACCGCUUAUGAGAUCUGAUCACAGCAUGGUUUAUUACGCGGCAAGUUUAAUGUUUGGAUUUCUCAUCUCUUUUUAGGGCAGUUUUUUUAUCUUUGGUGGAGUUGUUUCCGAUGGUACGUACGGCACCAACAUAACAAAUGAGUUAUGGCAGUAUGAGAUCAAAAGCAAUCGUUGGUACAAGUUCGGUGACUAUCGGUCGAAUCCUGAUAGCGCUCCUUAUGCUGUGGCUGGUCAUACGGCUCAUGUUUAUGGGGAUAAAAUGUACAUUGUCUUUGGAUAUAACCCAUAUCAUGGAUAUCUUCCUUAUGUUCAGAUUUGCGAUCUGAGUGAGUUUACAAAAAGCAUUUUACUUGAUUUCUGAAUCAAAUAUGUAUAGAAAUAUUCUUUUUUUAGAGGAUAAGUCAUGGGCCAAUCCGAUGGAAAAAGGAGGCGUUGAUCCUAAAGUUAUCGGUCGGUUCGGUCAUUCGUCGGUGUUACUAACAUCCUCUGAUGGUAAAAAUGCUCAGAUCCUUGUCCUUGGAGGCUCUCUUCAUGUCCCUAAUGGAGCAUCUUCGGUGACAGAUGAGUUCCUCAGUUAUAAUGUUCAAAGCGAUGCAUGGUAAGGCAAGAUUCUUUCUUCUAUUCCUAUUUAGGACAAUUCUGCCGUCUUUUGAUUCUCCAAGAUUUCGGCACAGUUCUGUUCUGGUUGACGGUAUGAUGAUUUCUUUCGGUGGAAAUUCUCCUGGUGAUUCUCAAGCUCAUGAAAAUGGGGAUCGUUCUUCACUUUUGAUAUACGACACAACCUGCAAAAAGUGGGAUGAGAUGAAGUUAGAUGAGCCCGAAAGCACUUACCGGUAUGGCCAUGCAGCAGUGACGGUGGAUGUAGAAGAGGGCGAUCAAAAGGUGACUAAAGUUUAUGUUAUUGGAGGCUUCGACGGGUUGAUGAAGAAUGAUAUCCUGGUGUUGACAUUAGCUAGUAAGUGGAGUUGAAAUGGAUUUAAAAUUUAUUUUGGUUUACAAUCUUGAUUUUAUUUAUUUUUUUCUUUUAGAAGAUUGUAGUUCCGAGGCCUCAUCAGUCUCUGAAUGUUAUAAUAUUGCCAAAGGAAUCCGUUGUUCGAUGAGUGGAAAGAAAUGCCAGAGACUGAAAAGUGAUGUCUCCUAUCUUCAGCCUUUUGCCCAAUUCAUCAAGAGUAAUUCUCCGAGAAUACAAGCAGUAACCUGCCCAGAUUCGGAGAAUUCCCUUCAAUUGGAGGAAGAGAUGUGUUCUUUUAUCAAAGAUUGCACGAAAUGCGUUUCUCGACCAACUUGCGGAUGGUGUUCGUCUACCGAACAAUGCCAGACAACAAGUUCCGUUUGUCUAGAUGAACUGCAGACUGAUCAAAGAAUGUGUUCAACUCCUUUGAUGGUCAAAGCCUCAACUCCCGUAGAGAAGGAGAAAAGACCUUGCAGUAUGAACUCUAACUGUUUCUCUUGUCAUGCUUAUAAUUGCGCUUGGAUGGAUGAGAAGUGCGUUUCGAGGGCAGAGCAAGCUAUGAUGAUAACAGAACAGCUUCGGCGAUAUUCCGAUAGAUAUAAUAGUUUUACGGUUGGACACACCGAAUCUGUUUCUUCGGUAAAAUCUCGAAAAGGAGGGUUGCCCUUCCCCCAUUACAACUCUUUCCAUGAACAACGAUUUGGAAUCUCUCAGUAUUCAAAUUGUUCUGCUCCUUGUUCUGAUUAUCGAGAUUGUAAGAAGUGUGUGGAUAACAACUGUAUGUGGUGUCCGACUGUUCCAAGAUGUAUUGCAAUGGAUACCUACAUGGUCAACUUACCCUAUGGGCAGUGCCAGUCCUGGGUUACCUCUAACAAUAAUCAUCAGCGAAGCUGUGAAUUGAAUCCUUUGGAUUGUAGUGCACAAAGGAAUGCAACCGAUUGUCAGUUAGUGGGCCCUCGGUGUGGUUGGUGUGAUAGUGGAGAUGGCACUGGGAUUGGAGAAUGUCUGGAGGCAAAGAACGACAAACAACCUGUGAAUGAAAAGCAGUGCAAUCCGGCAGAGGGGAAGAAAUUCUAUUUUACUGGUCAGCCCGAGUGCCAAUGCAAUGGUCAUUCUACAUGUGUGGAUUCAACUCAUAAACCAGCCUUUAUGGAUGUUGUUCUGCUGAAUGAGGCACACACUUUGAAAAGAUGUGCGUCUUGUAGUAACAACACUAAAGGAGAUCAUUGUGAAUUCUGUGAAGAUGGGUAUUAUGGAGAUCCGAGAAACGGAGGGGUUUGUAAAAGUAAGUUCUUUGAUAAGGAGAACAUCUUGCCUAUUUUCUACUUCAAAGACAUGACAUAAUUUUUUAAGAAUGCAUGUGCAAUGAUCAAGCAGAAACUUGCGAUGAAGAUGGCACCUGUAAUUGUAUUGUCAAAGGCGCUACGGACAAGGCGUGUGACCAGUGUGACUUCAAAUAUCACGGAGAUCCCAAACAUGGAACUCCUUGUGCUUGUGAGUAAACGUUUCGAACACUAUUUUGAAGGUUUACGCAAUGGUUAUACUUGUUAGCUAAAGCGAUUAAAGGCGCAAGAGCCACCUACUUUAAAGCUUAUGUACCACUCCGUAUUUUUAAUGUCCGGUUAAAUGGCCUGUCUGACCGUUAUUUAAUUUAGAGUAGUCCAGAGUUGUGUGUUUUUUAUAUUAGAUUGUAUUUUUUCAGUUGAGCUCCUAAUUGAUUUCAUCUACACCUUCAAACUUGACGCCGACGAUCCUAAGGACAAGUACGUUAAGCGGAUCCAUUUCAAGUCAAUCCCCUUCAAACGAGAUAUCGACGUUCAGUUCACUGCCAGUUGUGAGGGUGACAGUAAUGCUACUCUUCUAGUCGACCUCUACUACAACAAACCAGAGAACAGCACUAAACGAACUCUCUACAACGAUAGUUGUGUUGCUGAAGGGCUGAAACGAACGUAUUCGGCCAACGAUUUCCAUUUUGGAGCCGGCUCAAACACCACAUUCGGCGUGUCGAUAUCCAACUUCAAGACCCCAAUCAAAAUUCAGAUCUCAUUCGCUCAGUCCCCGCCCAUUAAUUGGGUCCUUUUCUUUGUCAUCUUUGCGGCGUAAGUUAUCGCUACGCGUUGAUUGGGUAUUUGUCGUAUCUUUAAGAUGUCUGAACGUGUUUAUAAAUGAAACUUAUUUUUCAGAUGCUUCAUAGUUCUGCUUGUGGUUGCCGGCAUUCUUUUGCUCAUCAAACAAAGGAUACGAAAUGCUGGUCAAGAGGCGAAUAUCAUCAUUGAAAAUGAGCGAAUGGCCGCUCGGCCAAAGAAAUCAGUUCAACUGCAUCUUCCGGAAGUCAGACAAAACGUUGUGAGUCCUAGAUUACACUUCAUGAGAUCUAUAUGUAUAUAUUUGAAUUCCUUUUUGGAAAUUGUUUUUUUUUCAGCAACCAACACCAAUUGCGAUUGAGCCCUGUAAAAAUCUAAAUACCGCAAUAUACACUGUCGUUGUGAGACUACCAACCGGUGGCAAACUUCACACUCCGUAUGGGACCUCAGGUCUGGCCGUUGCGUCAGCUCUGUGUCAUUUAUCGCAAAGUCAAUUGGCAGUGUUGGAGCCUCCAAAUGAGGGAGAAAAGGCCGAAAGUCCAAACAAAACAGACUUCCGCAGGUUCUUGCCUACAUUUAUGAGACGAAGACAAAGAUGA